AUGGACAAGACUGACAUUACAGAGGAGGUGGAAAAGCGGCCACAAGAAAUAAUGCGAUGGUUCUCGCCUAAAACGCAAAAGAUACUUGACGUUUGUGUACGUCUUCAGGAAGAUUUCGGGAAUCCCCGUCAACCAGCGACUGAUUAUUCUCAGUAUCAGGAUCAUUAUAGCUACACAAUUUUGAGAUACGGAAAAGACUAUGACGCCCAGCGAGCAUUGCGAAUUAGGAAGAUUCAUGCAUUCUUCCACCGCCAUAAAAUUACAGAAAACACCAGAUACGAGCUGGCCCAGCGAGCGUUGAGAAUUUCAGCGAUCCUCACGUACUUAAAUCGAUACCAGAUAACAGUCGCAGGCUGUCUGGAAAUGCCCUUGGAGGUAUUAGAAGAACGACUGCUAGAAAUUACAAAUUACCACGAUACCCCGUGGUAUUAUCGGUUUAUUCCAUGCUGCGUCAAUAUUCAGAGACAAAACGUCAUUAAACCAAAGACAAAGAAAAGAAGCAAUGGAGGACUUUUUGGAAGAAUUCGGAAAGUCUUCAGCCGACGCUCUCAGAAAUUUAAUGAAGAUUGA